ACUCACUCAAACCAAAAAAUGAUCGCACAACGGAUUCGCUCAGUUGUCGGACACUUUUUGAAACAAUCGGUUGGUAUCAUCACCACCACCACACAAAACAAACACCCAAUAGCCAGCCCAAUCGUAGCUAUGGUCUCGUUUUUUGCGAUUCUAUUGCUCUGGAUUUGAAUGAAAAAGGAAUAGAAAAAUAACAACAACAAAAAAAAAACAAAAAUAGCUCCUCUGGUGUUAGCUCCUGGUGUUCCAAAAUAACCACACGAAAAAAACAAAGAGGAAAGGAAUUUCCAAUAUUUAAAAAAAAAUAAACGAAAUAAAAAACUAAACUAAGUGUUUCCUGUAUCCGUGUUGUGCCGUGUUUUUUGUCGUUAAACCCGUUUUAUUCUAAAAAGAAAUUUUGAAAGGAAUACCCACAAUGAAGUUAUUUAUGCUAUUAACAUUUAGUUUUUGUCUUCUAUAUAGUCAAGUGAUACACGGACUCAAAAUUAACGAUUUGGAUGGCCCAGAACUUGUCACAUUAGACAAACAUACAGACAACAAAACUAUUGACUUAGAUUGUGACUAUGAGUUGAGCGAAAGUGUUCCAUAUUUAUUGGUGAAAUGGUUUAUGAAUAACAAUCUUAUCUAUCAAUGGAUUAGGGGGAAGCAGCCGUCGGUAUUGCCUGUUCUUCGGGAUUACAUUGAAUUGCGGAAAAUAUCUGAUGACCCGGACCAUGAAUAUAGUGGUUUGACGCUGAACAAUAUCAGUAUACAAUUAAAUGGCACCUACAAAUGUUCAGUUAAUGCCGGUCAUAAAUAUAAGUCGGUGGAAAAAGAGAUACACAUUGUUGACCUGAGGCAAUACGAAGUCGAAUUUCAUGCACGCAAAGUACAAAAUGAAACCCAUUUAGAGUGUAUUGUCAAUAAUAUUUUUCCCAAGCCCAUUAUUAACAUGGUAUCCAAUGACCCCAUGGCAAUAAUUCUCAAAGAUAAUCCAUCGACAGUACUACGAGAAAAUUCCUAUUUCAAUGUUACCCAAACAGCUGUUGCUUCCAAUGCCGAGAGCGAAGAAUCGUUUGAUUGUUUUGUCUCCUUUGAGAGUUUACCCUUCAAUAUCUCAGCCCGUGAAGUAGCCGCACAAUUAGAGGCUGGUACCGAUGCAGCUUCCAUGCUUGUUAAUCCGCAAUUUGUUGUAUAUGUUUUGUUUGUUAUAUCAACAUUGUUGAUGUUUUAGUCAAAUAUGAGAAAGAAAAAAAUAUUUAUUUAUUAUUUAUUUAUUUACUAUGUAUGUAUGUAUUUAUUGUUUGUAUAUUAUUAAUAACUUAGUACCGAGUACAUAACUAAUACGAAUUUUAUAAAUUUAAUAAAAAUAACCAAAAAAAAACGAAAAAUUCAAUAAAAACGAUCUGGUCAACUAAUAAA